AGAUGAAGAAAAUGGAAGCGGCGAGGAAGGAAGAGAUAAAGAAAGGGCCAUGGAAAGCGGAAGAAGACGAAGUACUCAUAAACCAUGUGAAGAGAUACGGUCCUCGUGACUGGAGCUCCAUUCGAUCCAAAGGCCUUCUCCAACGCACCGGCAAAUCCUGCCGUCUCCGUUGGGUCAACAAACUCCGUCCCAAUCUCAAAAAUGGAUGCAAGUUCUCGGCGGAGGAAGAGAGGACGGUGAUCGAGUUGCAAUCGGAGUUUGGCAACAAAUGGGCGAGAAUCGCUACGUAUCUUCCCGGAAGAACUGAUAACGACGUCAAGAAUUUCUGGAGUAGCAGACUAAAGCGGCUCGCUAGGAUUCUCCAUAACUCCUCUGAUGCAUCUUCAAGUUCCAUUCUCAAUCCCAAAUCUUCAUCUUCUCAUCGAACCAAGGGCAAAACCGUCAAACCAAUUCCUUCUCAGGGUUUUGGUUUGGUUGAGGAAGAGACUGCAGCUACUUCUUCGUCUUCCAAGAUUCUUCCUUACUCAUCUGACACAGUUGAUGAAACCUUGAGAUUGCCGGAAAUGGGUAUUAAACUAGAGCAUCAGCCAUUCACAUUUGGGACUGACCUUGUUCUAGCAGAGACGACGACUUCUUCUCUCUACUCUGAGCCACAGCAAUCAAAUAACCCUUUUUCUCCAGAAAGCAGGGAGCUUUUGGCUAGACUCGACGACCCUUAUUUCUACGACAUACUUGGACCAGCUGAUUCCUCUGAGCCGUUGUUCGCUCUUCCCCAGCCGUUUUUCGAGCCGUCGCCCAGAAGAUGCAGGCAUGUCUCAAAGGAUGAAGAUCCUGACGUUUUCUUAGACGAUUUCCCUGCUGACAUGUUCGAUCAAGUUGAUCCAAUUCGGAGUCCU